AUGGAAGAGUAAAUAAAGAGAUUAUAAAGUUUUGUUGAACAUCUCUAAAAAAAGAGUAAGAUAAACAAUUCUAAACUUGAUGUUGAAUGUUAUGAAGUUUUCUCUGAAUGUGUCUUAAUUGUAUAGAGUUAAAUAAGUGUUGAAAUUGGAAAUGUAAUGGAUAAAUUGUUUAAUCUAAUAAGAGAAAUGUUAGAAUAGGCUUAAUCUUAAAUUAAACCUCAUCCUGAACCAAAAUCAAUUCUAUUGACACCCUAACUUCCAGAUUUUAUUAAUGAACUUUAAUUAGGAAGUGUCAACAUCAUUGAUUAAUAAGGUACUCCAUAAUAUAUAAAAAAUUAUCAACAAAUACCUUGGAGUGAUUAUAAAUGUAGAGGUUAAGGAACUAGAAAUUUAAGAACUUAUUAAGAUGUAGGUACUAGUACUAUUAUUGACUAUUAUUAAAAUUGUUAGAAAGCAUCAAGUGAUAUUUUGAGGAGAGAAGAAGAAAUGAGAGAAUGGUUAGAAUUUACAAAUGAUACUAUAUCUAUGUUAAGUGAAGCUUUGGCUAAUAAAAAAUAAUUAGAUAUUGAAUUUUAAGGAAAGCCAGAAGAAUUGGAUAUAGUUAUAUCAGAUAUACAAUUUAAAAGGUUAAAUUUGGAAUAAUUAAUGAAGUCAGUGAAUUAAGACAAUAUAGGAAUUCAAAAUUAUGAUAAUACUGUAUAAUUCCUUUUAUAACACAUUCAUCAUAUAUAAUAAUAAACAGCAAUUGCUAUAAUCAAUCGAUAUAAGUAAAGAUAUUAAGAGAAAGAAAAGUAAUAAUAAAUGAUAAAUGAUAUGAAAAGUAAAAUAAAGAAAAAAGUAAAUAAUAAUAAUAAAGAAGAUUGUAGAUGUUCAUAAUAUGUAAAUGAAAUUUUGAUAUUGAAAAAUAAAUUAGAAUCAGCACAAAAUGAUAUUUCAAAAAANAUAUUCAUCAAUAUCAUUAUUUUAAAUGUCUGUUAGUGA